UGGAACUCAGGAGAGGAGCGCAGUGAUGAGAGCCGAUAUGAAAGAGCAGCGGAGAACCUGAUAACACCGUGCACGCGCAUACACACACACACACACACACAUCAAGGAGGACUGAGCACAGGUAAAUGCACAUCAGUGCAAACAAGAGAUAACCUGACUAAGAGAUGGGCGGCGGAGGACACAGGCAGCAGCUGGGGUCAGGAGAGAGCGGUACGUGUGCAAAGUACACCUGGGAGGAGGUGCAGAAGCACAAUCACAGGGGUGAUCAAUGGCUGGUAAUUGAGAGGAAAGUAUACAAUGUGAGCGAGUGGACAAAAAGACAUCCUGGAGGACGCAGAGUUCUAGGGCACUAUGCUGGAGAAGACGCAACGGAUGCAUUUACGGCCUUCCAUCCAGAUCAACGUUUCGUGAGAAAGUUCCUGAAGCCUCUGCUGCUGGGAGAGUUGGCACCCUCAGAGCCCAGUCAAGACCAUGGCAAAAAUGCUGCUCUAAUGGAAGAUUUCCGGACCUUGCGUCAGAAUUUGGAGGCACAGGGCUUGUUCCGCACCAGUCCACUGUUUUUUAUACUAUAUCUUGGCCACAUUCUGCUCUUGGAGGGCCUGUCUUUAGCACUCCUUUGGACAUUUGGAAAUGGUUGGAUUAAUACAAUUGUAAUAUGUCUCACACUGGCAGUUUCACAGGCUCAGGCUGGCUGGCUUCAGCAUGACUUUGGCCACCUGUCAGUCUUUAAAAGUUCCACCUGGGAUCACCUGCUGCACAAGUUUGUCAUUGGACAUCUGAAGGGGGCUUCAGCAAAUUGGUGGAACCAUCGCCACUUUCAACACCAUGCUAAACCCAAUGUGGUCACUAAGGACCCUGACAUCAACAUGCUGAAAAUACUGGUCCUGGGAAACGUCCUGCCUGUUGAGUAUGGGAUUAAAAAGUUGAAGCAUAUGCCCUAUAACUAUCAGCACCAAUACUUCUUUUUGGUUGGUCCUCCACUGCUCAUCCCACUAUACUUUAACAUGCACAUUUUGCAAACUAUGGUGAUGCAAAGGGAUUGGGUGGAUUUUGCAUGGUAUCUCUCCUACUAUACACGUUUCCUCACAUGUUAUGUUCCUUAUUAUGGAGUUAUAGGAUCUUUAGUGCUCCUGAUUGUUGUAAGGUUUCUAGAGAGUCACUGGUUUGUGUGGGUGACCCAGAUGAACCACAUUCCCAUGGACAUUGACUAUGAAAAACAUGAUGACUGGCUCACUAUGCAGUUGAAGGCUACUUGUAAUAUUGAGCAUUCCUCAUUCAAUGAUUGGUUCAGCGGCCACCUCAACUUCCAGAUUGAGCACCAUCUUUUUCCCACAAUGCCUCGCCAUAGCUAUAGCCACGCGGCUCCUCAAGUACGAGAACUCUGUGAGAAGUAUGGCAUUACAUAUCAGGUCAAAGGCCUGUGGGAAUCCUGGUGUGACAUUGUCAGGUCUUUGAAGAAGUCUGGUGACAUGUGGCUAGAUGCCUACCUUCACAAAUAAUCAUCAUCGCAACUGUGUUUCCUUUGCUGAUUGUCUACAGUGUAAUCAUUAUUCAACAAUAUUUACAGUAAAUGGAUGAAAUCACAGUUAAAUCAUUUUAUUAGCAAUCGUCUAUAUGCUGGAACUAAUGUUAUUUUGGUGCUUUAUUUGUUAGUCAACUGGGACCAUAAUCCUGAAGAAAAUAACUUCAGGCAUACAAAUAAAUCCAAAUGUAGUGCUGGAUUUCCAAAUUCUACAGAUGGUGUAAUGUCUUCUUAUAUUUUAUAGAGUUUUUUUACUAAUUUACACCUGAAAACAUCGAAUCAUUGUAAAAAUUAGCUGGAUAGCACAUUAGAAUACAUGGCAAAUUCAUUUACUAAUUCAAUCUUAAACUGUUCCCCAUUUUCUAUGUUUUUUCAGCUUGUUGUUUACUUUUUUCAGUUUUUGUAUGUCAGCUUAUAUGCUUAUCUCCUGAAACAUAGGAAGACAAUAAAACACAAUUACAACACCAA